AUGGCGCCUUCCGCCGUGCCCGUAGAGGGCUAUGCAGCAACCGUCACAGACGAUGCGUCACUGGCGCGGCCCGCGAAGAGGCUGCGACUCGAUGCGGUAGGCCCUCGCAGCGACGCAGACGCCGAAGAGCCCGCUGUCAUCCCCCCACACCCGCUUGGUAUCAAGCCGGCGGGCAAUGCUCUGACGGCAAAUUUCAACCUGAAGGCCAACGCAGGGUCCUUUUCCGUCUUGCCAGACGAGCUCUUGGCCCAGUUUCUUGAGUGCUUGGAUGCUUCCGCCCUCGUCCGUCUGGGAGGCACCUGCAAGUCCCUGUAUGCCUUCACGAGAUUUGACGAGCUGUGGAGGGCUCUGUUCACCGAGUCGAAGAAAGCCGACUUCCAAUGGCGCGGCUCGUGGCGCUCUACUUACCUAUCUAUUCCCGAGUCCCAUGAAGCUCACAUUGACUGCUCCGGCUUGUAUUCUGACGUCCUCUACCGCCCGUUUCAAUGCACGUACACUUCGCUCAAGCCGUUCACAUCAAGGAUCCCGCCAGAAAAUGCGAUUCCCCGCAUGACUGAUCUGACAUAUGAGGAGUUCUCCACAGAAUGGACAAGUAAACCGUUUAUCCUUACUGCACCAGUCAAAGAAUGGCCUGUCUUUGGGAAGUGGACGACGCAGUAUUUGCUCGAGAACUACGCUAAUGUGCCGUUCCGCGCGGAAGCGGUUGACUGGCCGCUUGAAACCUAUGUUAAUUACAUGAACAACAGCAAUGAUGAGAGCCCCCUCUAUCUCUUCGACCGCAGCUUCGCGGAGAAGAUGGAGAUGGCGGUUGGCAAGGAUAAAGAGGGUGCUGCGUACUGGGCUCCCGCAUGCUUUGGCGAGGAUCUCUUCGCAGUGCUUGGAGAUCAACGUCCGGAUUGCCGGUGGAUGAUUAUGGGUCCGGCAAGAAGUGGAAGCACAUUCCAUAAGGAUCCGAAUGCUACAAGUGCGUGGAAUGCCAUCUUGACUGGUUCCAAGUACUGGCUCAUGUUCCCAUCAUCCGCCAACCUCCCUCCGCCUCCGGGAGUCAUUCUAUCAGAAGACUCAUCAGAGAUUACGGCACCGCUCAGCAUCGCAGAAUAUCUCUUAUCUUUCCACGAGAUCGCUCGAGCCACCCCCGGCUGUCGAGAAGGAAUCUGCUACGCCGGCGAGGUUCUCCACGUUCCAUCAGGGUGGUUCCACCUUGUUUUGAACCUCGAGGAGAGCAUUGCUUUGACGCAGAAUUUCGUUCCGCAAGCAAAGCUGGCUGAUGUCUUGGGGUUUCUGAGAGACCAGGCCGAGCAAACCAGCGGGUUCAAGGACGAUGUCACGGAUCCGUAUGGGCUGUUUGUUCAGAAGCUGGGCGAGAGGUACCCGGCAGUACUGAGCGAGGGCAUGGCGGCGUUGGAGAAGAAGGGGAGACCCAGGGGGCGGGGCAGGUGGGAGGAGCUAGUCAGGGGCGACGCAGCAGUGGAGAGCGAGAGCCAGGGUGGAUUCACGUUUGGGUUUGGUGGUGGUGAGGACGAAGAGAUUCCUUGA